ACAUCAUCAGAUCGAGAAAAGGGCGCAUGGUAUCAUAGCUCCGCCAAACACUGAAAUACCUUGGCUGCGACGACAUCAUGUCGACGACUACAUCCGUUCAGCUUGAAGCCUACGGCAACGGCACAACCUACGAAGCCAACACCACCUCGACUCUUCGUCCGACAAGAGCAGGUCUCGCAGAAAAUGCCUCAACAAGCCAUCCAGAGUCUGAUGACCCAGCACUUGAAGCCUCACGUAUCGCUGAUAGCACUGUCCCCGACGGUGGCCACGGCUGGGUUGUAAUCGGUGCCUGCGCCGUCGUCGCAUGGUGGGUUAUCGGACUCAGCUACGUCUGGGGUGUGUAUCAAAAUGCCCUCGUUGAACGAAACGUCGGAUCUCCUCUGGCUUUAUCCUUCUGUGGCUCGUUAUCACCAGCUUUGAUGGCUACGGUCGGAGUAAUCGUGUCAAGAAUGCUACGGACAUUCGGGACACGCAAACUCAGCUCCGUUGGAAUCAUUCUCAUGGCUCUUUCUCUCAUUGGUGCGAGCUUCGUCACAGAUCACCUCGUUGGAUUGAUCUUUCUCCCCGGUAUUCCUCUCGGCCUUGGUAUGGCUGGUUGCUUCAUGUCUUUCUCCCUCGCUCCGGCGCAGUACUUUAUGAAGAAGAGGGGAUUGGCCAACGGUAUCGUCUAUGCUGGUGGUGGCUUUGGCGGUGCAAUUAUGAGCAUCGCUACCAACUCGCUUAUUGAGAAGCACAGCGUUGAGUGGGCUUUUCGCAUCACUGGUAUCCUGAUUGCUGUUUCGGGACUUCCAGCUGCCCUUCUGAUCAAGGAGAGGACGCCGUUGGCAAAGACCGGAAUCGUUGACUGGAGACUCUUCCGACAACUCAACUUUGCUAUUCUCUUCUUUGCUGCUGGCAUUGGUAUCUUCCCUCUUCUCGUUCCACCUUAUUUCCUUCCUCUGUACUCUCGAUCGAUGGGUCUGAGUACAAGCACUGGCGCUGGACUUGUUGCAGGCUUCAGUUUUGCGUCUGCCGUUGGUCGAAUCAUCAGUGGAUAUCUCUGCGAUACUUUCGGGCCGUUGAAUACACUUGCAGCCUUCUUCCUCGGCAAUUCACUCACUAUGCUUGCCCUCUGGCCUGCAUCGACGACACUCGCGCCCUUGGCGGUUUUCGCAGUGCUCAAUGGUUUGAUGAAUGGCGGAUUCUUCUCCUCGAUGCCAACUGUUGUUGGAAACGUCUUUGGAUCUGCCAGAGUAUCAACAGCUAUGGGCAUGGUGAUUGUUGGCUGGGUAGCUGGUUAUCUUUUCGGGUCUCCCAUUGCUGGAUUCCUUCUUCAAGCACAUGGAGGUGCAGAUGAGGGACUGGGUGCAUAUAGACCUGCCAUGUUCUACGCUGGCUCGAUGUCAGCUAUUGCUACUGUUCUGACUGUUAUCUUACGGUUGAGAAUCAGCAAGAAGUUGAUGGCAAAGGUUUAGCCUGUCACUCAAAAGACAGUUACAUAGGAUCAAGGAUAUAGACUGAGGAGAAAGUCUCUGGGCUCACUGCAAAUGUUUUGUACUAGUUAGAUGUAUUCAUUAAAUAUAUAGACAAGAGUAUGUCACCCGUGU